CCGAAAUAUAAAGAAAAUUGAAAAUAGAGAGGUUCGGUUUUGGCUUUCCCACCGGAAAAUCCGAAGGUGCGACUAAUCGGAGUGAUGAACCCAAAAUUAAUAGCCCGUAACCGAAUUCGGAUCCUCCAAAAACCGGCUCACCACUCUCUACUCUAUCUCCGAGCUGUGUUCCUCUUCAUUCCGACUUAAUAAAAAAAGCUCCAGAGAUUUAAGUUUUCACCGAGAAAGAUCCUUAGUUUUCUGAUUCCAAACCCAUUAGAGGAGAUCAAAAGCACCUAUUUUAUAAUAAUUUAUUUCGUUUUUGUUUGUUUGUUUUGUCCUGUUAUAAAUGUCGCCGUCUCUAUCCAUUUUAUCCGUUUUGUCGGAAGAUCUUCUGUUUCGGGUUUACGGGUUUCUUGACUCGCCGUGUCGGAAAACGUGGCGACUCGUCUGCAGAGAGUUCCUCCAAGUCGACUCUUUGAGUCGGACCUCGAUCCGAGUUCUCCGGGUCGAGUUCCUCCCGGCGCUUCUCUUCAAGUACCCGAAUCUCUCCUCCCUCGACCUCUCCGUCUGCCCUAAACUUGACGACGACGUCGUUCUGCGUCUGGCACUCGACGGCGCCGUUUCGAUAUCGCGCCUGAGGUCACUGAACCUGAGCCGAGCCACCGCAGUCCGAGCCAGGGGACUGGAGACGCUGGCUCGUUUGUGCCACGCUCUCGAGAAAGUCGACGUGUCUCACUGCUGGGGAUUCGGCGACAGGGAAGCGGCGGCGCUUUCUGCUGCGGCGGGGCUCAAGGAGUUGAGGAUGGACAAGUGCUUAAGCCUUAGCGACGUCGGAUUAGCGAGGAUCGUCAUCGGAUGUAGUAAUCUAAACAAGAUAAGCUUGAAAUGGUGUAUGGAGAUCUCCGAUCUAGGGAUUGAUCUUCUCUGUAAGAAAUGCAAGGAUUUGAAAUCACUCGAUGUCUCUUAUCUCAAGAUCACGAAUGAUUCAAUCCGCUCCAUAGCUUUGCUGCCAAAGCUUGAGGUUUUAGAUAUGGUAAGCUGCCCUUUGAUAGAUGAUGCUGGGCUACAGUUUCUUGAGAAUGGUUCUCCUUCAUUACAGGAGAUCGAUGUUACAAGGUGUGACCGUGUGAGUUUUUCCAGCUUGGUCUACAUAAUCAGAGGCCAUCCUGAUAUUCAACACCUUAAAGCCAGUCACUGUGUAUCCGAGAUCUCUGUGAGCUUCUUACAGCACAUAAAAGCUUUGAAGCAUCUCAAGACUCUAUGGAUCGAUGGAGCUCGUGUCUCGGAUUCCUCGCUUUUAACCUUGAGCUCUGUCUGUAGAUCUUUAACAGAAAUCGGAUUGAGCAGAUGUGUUGAUGUUACGGAGAUUGGGAUGAGUGGUCUUGCACGCAACUGCGUAAACCUGAAAACUCUAAAUCUCGCGUGCUGCGGAUUUGUGACGGAUGCAGCCAUCUCUGCUGUAGCUCAGUCUUGCCGGAAUCUGGAGACUUUAAAGUUGGAGUCUUGUCAUUUGAUAACCGAAAAAGGUCUUGAAUCGCUCGGAUGUUACUCCAAGCUUCUACAAGAACUCGAUCUUACUGACUGUUAUGGCGUAAAUGACAGAGGGCUGGAAUAUAUCUCAAAGUGUUCGAAUCUUCUAAGAUUGAAACUUGGGCUCUGCGCAAAUAUCUCAGACAAAGGGAUCUUUCAUAUUGGUUCCAAAUGUUCGAAGCUUCUAGAACUUGAUCUAUACCGAUGCGCUGGUUUUGGAGAUGACGGUUUAGCAGCUUUAUCGCGAGGUUGCAAGAGCUUGAACCGACUUAUUCUAUCGUACUGCGGCGAACUAACGGACACGGGGGUUGAAAAAAUCCGGCAGCUAGAACAUCUGACUCACCUUGAACUCCGAGGGCUAAAGAAUAUAACCGGUGCUGGUCUAGCUGCAAUUGCGUGCGGCUGCAAGAAACUGGCUUACCUGGACCUCAAGCUCUGCGAGAAUAUCGAUGACUCAGGCUUCUGGGCCCUCGCUUACUUUUCAAGAAACCUUAGACAGAUAAACUUGUGCGAUUGCUCGGUGUCGGAUACGGCUCUGUGCAUGUUGAUGAGCAACCUGAGUCGGGUUCAAGACGUUGAUUUACUCCACAUGAGCCGUGUAACCGUUGAAGGGUUCGAGUUUGCGCUAAGAGCCUGUUGCAACAGGCUCAAGAAGCUUAAGCUUCUCGCACCUCUUAGAUUCUUGCUGUCAUCGGAAUUGCUCGAGACGCUCCACGCUCGUGGUUGCCGCAUCAGAUGGGACUAAAGCACAAAACAAACUACGUCGUUUUCCGCGUUGGUACACUGUUGUAGUUCUUUGGGUGUUUUAUCAACUCAACGUUUAAAUCAAAGAACCUUUAGUUGUGGUUUAAGUUUGAAUCCAUUUUGGUUGAUCAAUUCGAAACAGGUUGAUAUAUAGUUCCACUCACUUCCACAAACUUUUUCGUUACAAAGUUGCAUGAAAAACGUGAGAAAGUUGAUGAGUGAUGUGGAAAAACAGGUUGAUACACCAUCUUGAUGUUUUUCGAUGAUUGGAAUUUUGUAUUUUUAGAGUUUCAAAUAAGAUAUGUAGCGCAAGGCA